ACAGGCCCCAGAUUUCAUCUCGUCGUGCAACAGGCCGCUGGGCUCCGGCCCGCGCGGGCCGGAGCUCCCUGGGUUAAGCCUGAGCCUAAGGCUAAGCUGAGCCUGAGCUGACGCGGCCGCGGUGCUGGUUGCGCUGCCUGCGCUGAGCUGAGGAACGUCGGAAACUUAAAUUAUUAAUUAAAUGACAUGAAGAUGCAAUCGAGCGUUUUGUUGGCCGCCAUUUUGUUGAAAGCCUAAGAUUUAAUCAUACCUCCGCUUCAUUUUCCAACAAAUCGUAUCCGAAAGUGGUCCUUUCAUAGCAGCCAGCAAAAACUUGAAGGCACACGUGCUUCGCCAUUUUUAAAAGUUUAUGAAUAUUCAUGCCCAACCAUGACGUCACGGAAUCACAAGCACAUGGCGGGUUGCUGUUGAAAUGCAAGCCGACUCAGCUCAGACCGUCUGAAAUAACAGAUAGACCUCUAAUAAUUGUCACAGCUGAUCUAGAAGAGUAAUCAUCCAUCAUGAAGGUCAAGAGAUACAAGCACGCACGCAAAUACCUUGGCUUCUACAAGCACAACUUCAACUUCCGAGAGCCGCAUCAGGUCCUCAUAGAUGGAACGUUCACACGCAUGGCUCUCCAGAACAAGAUCAACAUCAAGGAGCAGCUGCCUAAAUAUCUAGGAGGAGAGGUUCAGUUGACGACAACAAACUGCAUCCUGAAGGAAGCGGAAGCGUUGGGCAAGGCGGUGUACGGCGCGUACGUCAUCCUGAAGAGGUUCCAAGUGAGAAGAUGCGGUCACAAGGAUAAACCGGUCUCUGCUUUCAAGUGUGUCAUGAGCAUGAUAGCUGACUCCAACAAGAACCACUAUUUUAUUGCUACUCAGGAUCCAGAUCUGAGUUCUCUUGUCCAUAGAACUCCAGGAACUCCACUCCUGUACCUUCACUUCAGUGCAAUAGUCCUGGAGAAACCCUCAGUCACCUCUACCACAGCUGCUUCUUCUAUGACAUCCAAGAAAAUCAACCCUUCGGAGUUUGAGAAGAGCGCCUUGAAGAAACUCCAAGCAGCGGAUGGGACCGAUGAAGGAAAGAAGAAGAGGAAGAAGCGGAGAGGACCAAAACAGCCGAACCCUCUGUCCGUGAAGAAGAAAAAGAAGAAGAGUCCUGAGCAGGUGUCGGUUGUGACAGGAGAUACUGAAGGAAAGAAAAAGAGGAGAAGGAGGAAGAAAGUGAAGAUAGCAUCACAUGCGGAGGAGCAACUUCAAAUUCAGCAUGCCUCUGGAUCCUGAAAUGCUCUACGUCUGCGAAAUGAAGGAUUACAAAAAAGGGUUGUCUGAUUCAAGCGGUAAGAAGAAACAAAAAGGUGGUAGAGAUACCGUCUUAAAUCUAGAGGGAUUUCAAGACUCAGAGUCUCCGUGAGAGAAUCCCUUUUUACAUCAUAAGUGGAGGUCUUAUGCAAUGGUAAUGUUGUGGAAACAUUCAUGUAGAAUCCUGUUGGUGAAUUUUAACUGUGAAUGUGAUAAGCUAUUGAUAUUCCUAUACAUGAUUGGCCAAGAUUUCACAUUGAUUUUUUCAAACCCUCAUAUGCAGGUGUUAAAGGGUUGGAAGGGAAAAGAUGCAAAUUAAUUUCCGCAAUAAGUUGCAGCUAGGUGGCUCAGAUUUUGUUUUGGCGCCUUACUUGAAGCAAGAGUUGCUUGCAGGAAUUCUGCUUUAAAGUUGCAAAGCAUUGAAUAAAGAGAGUUGCAUGCAUUUUUAAAGUUUCGCUUUUUUUCUACAAAAUAGUUAUAGGCAAAUGUAUCAGAGAGUUGAUCAUGUUGCUCACUGUUUCUUUUAGGUUGCGAGCAUUGCAAUCCCUCAUAUUCAAGGAGGACUCAAAUCUGAUUUCUCAUCAUGAUGAAGAAAAAAUUGAGGUAUUUCACAUACUGAAAUAGCGGGCGAUGUCAUCAGUUCAUUUGCAUAGCAACCGGGAUGUUUAUCCAUGUACGUGUAUAUUGCUGUUUUCUGAAUUAAGCAAACAUUUUGAAAUGUAUAACUUUUUUAUUUUAUAGCUGAUUUUGAUGAAAUUUUGAGCAUUAUAUAUAUAUUUUUUUUGGGGUGGGGUGAACUUGGCCUUAAACUUGGUCCACACAUUUAUGGAGUGCCAGCUGCUAUUCAAUCAUCAUGUUAUAUUUCAAUCCUGCAGUGAAAAGCUGUGAAGAAAUGUUUUUUUGUGAGGAAAUAAAUGGAGAAUCUAUCUCGGUGCAUAUCGGGGAGGUGCGAUAGCUUAAUCGAUAGAGCGGGGGGUUCGGAUUCCGGUGACCCGGGUUUGAUUCCCACUUGAUGUGCUAGUGCCCUUUGGUAAGGCAUUCAUCCUCAUUACCAGGUCCCUCAGAGAGGACCUUAAGCUGUCCGUCCCUUGGUUGCUUGCUUACAAGCAUUCAUGCUUUCUUAGCAAUCAGGUAAAAAAAAUGCUACCAAAGAAAGCAACAGUUCUAGGAUUGUAAAUUCUACCUGAUAUUGAAAUCAGUAAAGUUUCUCUCUCUCAAGUACACAUAUCAAAACUUUGCAUUUGGAACGACUGAUUUUGGGACAGAAAACUGAAAAGUUUCAAGAAUCGAAAGAUUUUCACUGCUAAACUCUAAAUUCAAUUAAUACUCAAUUUUCAAUAUCUGA